AUUAAAUGGAGAAUCUGAAUUAUCGAUUUCCACAUAUACUCCAAAUAUACAUUAUAAUUCUAAAUGGGUAGAUCAACUUAAUCAUUUGAAAAUAAGAAAAGAACAAACUCAAGUCAACUUGGAGUGGGAAGAAUUUUAUAUCAGAAUUUGUCAUAUAAAAGCAUUGUAUAAGGAAAUUUCGGUAAUUGAUAAUGAGAAAAAAAGGAAGAAAAGGCUUAGUGAUUUGAUUAAACAGUCAAUCCCAAACUACUUUAAUCUUAAAAAUCAAUUAUGUGAAUUUUCUCGUUGGAAGAGAUUUUAUAAAUUAAUUGUUUUAUUAAUAGAAGAUUCUACAUUAAGUGCAAAUAAUAUCUCAUUAGAAUUCUGUUUUCAACAAUUUAGGGGUUUGGGUUUAACAGUUAAUUAUCUAUGUGAAGUUAAGGAACAAGAAUGUAAGAAUUUUUUGGAUUAUUUUGUACUAAAAUGUGUCGAAAGAUACAAAAAAAAUAAUUAA